CUCAUUACCGUCAUCGCAAUGAAUACUCCAACACACUUGGAAGGAGAGCUACAUAUAAGAAAGGGCUACACAUGGGAAAUGGAGAGAGAGUCAAGAUGAGAGAUAUGCUUUCAUUGCUGAAUGGUAUGACCCAAAUGCUUCACUCUUUCGGCGUUAUGAACUUCUGUAUUACCCAAAAGACUCAUCAAUUGAAAUGUAUGAUGUGAAGAACCGUCGCAUGUUCCUGAGGCGCACCAAGUACGAGAGCUUGCACCUUGAGGAUCUCUAUGUGGGCAGCAAAGUCACUGUGUUCUCCCGGCACCUCACCAUAGUGGACUAUGGGAAUCUGUACACAUCUCGCAAGCUUGGGAGCCGCAAAGAGAGAACGCUGGCUUUGAUUAAACCUGAUGGAAUGCGUAAGAUGGGACAAUUAUUUGAUAUCAUUAUUAAUGCUGGAUUGACAAUAACUAAGGCCAAAAUGAUGCUGCUUUCAAGAAAAGAAGCAGCUGAUUUCUAUGCUGAUUAUCGAGCAAAACCUUUUUAUCAUGAGCUUCUCCAGUUAAUAAUGAGUGGCCCCCUCCUUGCUAUGGAGCUCUUAGGAGAUGAUGCAGUGAGUAAGUGGAGAGCAAUAGUGGGGCCAGCAAACCCUACAACGACUGAGAGUGAUACACUGGACAGCAUCUCAGAGAGCUUUGGACAUUGUGGCCUCAGAGAUGCAGCUUAUGGCCCAGAUUCAGUUGCUUCAGCUGCUAAAGAGCUGGAGUUGUUCUUUCCCUCCAGUGGAGGUCGUGGACCAGUCAGCAGUGCCAAAUUCACAAACUGUACUUGUUGCAUUAUUAAGCCUCAUGCUGUUAAUGAAGGGCUUUCUGGAAAGAUUAUAAAAGCCAUCCUCAAGGAAGGAUUUGAGAUCUCAGCUUUGCAGAUGUUUAACAUGGAGCGUCCAAAUGUGGAAGAAUUUUAUGAGAUUUACAAAGGCGUUGUCCCUGAAUACCUGGAGAUGGUUUCAGAGUUGUGUUCAGGCCCUUGCAUAGCAAUGGAGAUUAGACAGUUCGAUCCUUCAAAAGUGUUCAGAGACUUCUGUGGUCCUUCUGACCCUGUAUUAGCCCGUCACCUCCGACCUGGAACUCUGCGUGCUGUUUUUGGGAAGGACAAGAUUCAGAAUGCUGUUCACUGCACAGACCUGCCUGAAGAUGGACUUUUAGAGGGUUUAUACAAGCAAACAGGUAUUUUUUCACCACAUGCCUGAAGUUCCUCAUCCAUGGCUUUCCAGUGGCAGCAGAACAAAAGAACCGCCUGUAAGGGGAAAAUUAAACAAGCC